AUGAAAAACGCGAGAUUUCCAUUCUACACAUCACUGUUACUGUUUUGUGCUCUUGGUGUGACAAUGUUGUUAGCAGAACCGCAUGAACAGUUCCAGAAAUCUUAUAACUUUAAAAUGAGCGAUCAAGACGAUGACAGUUCCUCAGCGGAAGAACCCACUAAUGAUUUUAACCUUGAAAGUUGGGUCCAAUCAAACGAUUACAGUAAUACAAAUCGACAGAUGGUGCCACUGAGUCGUAUGCGUCCGAUUAAUUUCACGGCCGCUAAUAUUUUGUUCAGAAGAGUUAAUUAUGCGUCUUAA